AUGCUGUACGCACACGCCAUCUCUGGCUCGAAAGAAGCAGCACGCUUCCUUGCGCCCCAGAAUCUUUCAAAAGCCCCCAAGCUUGCAGCAUCCAUCCUGAAAACAAAGCUUCGAACAUAUCUUCAGUUUAACGAGUCCAGGCCCGGAUUCGGCGGGUUCCUGCCCUGGAUGACAACCGGCGAGCUUCAGCUGUCUGCAGCUUGGGACUGGGUAAAUCGGGUGCCUGCCUUGGACAACGGCGAGCUCAUUUGGGCGGUGUAUGCUUGCAUCAGUGCCCUUGAGCAGAGUGGUGAUCAAUCGCCCGAGAAUAUCUCCAAGGGCUGGCAGGAGUGGCUCGACUACUUCAAGACCACAGCUGCUUCUGUCCUCUACCGAGGCGAUGGCCACGUGCGUGCGGUAGCAAGCAUCAACGACCAAUUUUUACCUCUGACGGAUCCGAAACAGGGAUACCAGUGUGAGGGUACAAACUACCUCGAUGACCCUUAUGAAGGCGAGCUAUUCACACGUUUCCUCAACGCCUUUGGCGGGCUCCACCAGAGAGACAGGGACGCACUGUGGCAGGCCAAGAGGGCGAAGCUCAGAAGCGUGGAAUACAGGGUGGGCGGAGUCGGCCCCAUCACCGUCGAGCAAGGGUAUUGGUUCUCUAGCCAUGAACUUUGGAAGGUCCUCGAGCUGCCAUAUUACGAUGUUGACCUUGCGAAGCAAGAGGCUUUAUCACAACGCAGAGAGAGCAAGAACUUGCAACUCAGUGGUGACCAAGGCGCCUGGCCUCUUCGCAUCUGUCAACAACUCUACGGACCCCAAGACGGACGAGAUCAUGUGCCUGGCCCACCGUCACGUUUGACAAGGCUGUUUGUUGGAUUGGCGUGGUGGCGCAGCAUGGUGACGGCGAAGAAGAUGCAGAAUCCUUACGGAUCUACUGAAUCUUCCAGAGUAGACGGGGAGCUAGUGUCGGCGCUCGUUACUUGGGACAGCAAGAUUACAACAGUCGUCGCUCUCCUUGGCGGAGUAGGUGACCUUGUUCGUCCAAAGAUGAAGAAGGAUGGAAUAUAUGACGAUUUCAUUUUCAUCACAAAAAGAGAAUACAGUCGAGUAUUCAAGGACUUGAAGGGAGAGGGCAUUGCGCUUUGCUUACCCAACGAGGUGGUGCCGGAUGCCGGGUUGAAAGACUUCACCCUUUGUUCCGCAUAG